CGACAGAAGGAUGUUGAAGAGAAAAAGUGCACGCCUGUUUUGCUGUCCUUCAAACAUCUCCUUUAAAGCACAUUGAAGCAGGGCGGAUUGGCAUAUUGAUUUAUUUAUUUGUCCUAUUUGUUCUGCUACCUGUACUUUUUCUGUUGUUCACUACUUUGUUCUACCAAGAAAAAUUCACCCAAGAAAUAAAUUGCAGUGCUUUCUUGUGCGGUGCGCGACAUCAUUGACAGAAAAAAAAAAAGCUUCAAGACGCGGCGGAGAAAGAUCGCUACACUGGAACGCAAUGGAAGACCACCGGGAAACGCUCUUGGACAUCGAUCCCGAGGAUGGGCGUGGACGCUACAAAAGGGCGGCCGCCACAGAGGAGGCGAGUCCUGUAGCGGCCGGUGGUAGCUCAGUGUCCCCCGCAUUUUGGGUUGUUGCAGGCGUGUGCCUCGUGGCCUUUGUGGGUGCUGCUGGUACAUACUGAAUUACUGUGAUUGAUUUGAUUUUUUUAUACGGCAGAUGAAAGAUGUGUCGCUUAUCAAGUCAACACCGGUGCGGCGCUUUCAGCAUGGAUGCUCGUACAUCGCGGAUGUCUUUCCUGGUUUCGACCACCAGCAUGAGUCAUUUAUCAUUAAUCAGUAGGUAUGAGUCUUACCGUGUUAUCGUCCUUCUGUAGAGGGAGACGACGAACAACCGACGCAAUUUAAAUACCACCUUUCGACAGUGGCCUGCGUCGCGACGGGCGUAUUGAGCGCAGAUGAUGGUAACGGGAACAGCGGGUUUUUGCAAGUGCAACCCCCGCCACCCGUCGAAAUUUCUCAGUUGAAGAGGGAGAUACUCGCAGACCUGUCCGCGUUGGCCGAGGAGCAGCAGCAGGGAGGUGACAAGAAAUGCAAAGAGUUGCCCGUCCAGAGCACGCGCGAACGUGUGGAGAUCGCGUUCCAGCGCAUUUGCAAAGAUGCCAAGUACGGACCCAAGGCGGGUCACACGAAGGUCUUUCACUUGCAGAAAUUCGCGGAGGUGCCGCAGUCCGAUGAACUCGAGUAUCUGACCACCGACGAAGACGUACCCCGCAAUCGCUACACGUUCCUGGUUCAGGAGUGUUGUAACUCGUGGGAAGAGGAAGCCAGGGAGUUGGUGGAUGCAGCGGGAGGUGAUCAGGCUACAAACUCACAAAGCGGGGGUGUCUCCGACGAGCGAUGGAAGACCGUUAAGGAAACGCUGGUGGCCCAAGGAUUUCCACCAGAAGACGCCGAGGCACUAGUCGCCAAAUUGCGCAACAGUAACAGCCCGGGUGG